AAAGGACUCUGUGUUCAAAUUGUGAGCGGCUCCUGUUACCGACUUAGAAACUCAAACGCCACGUAUUUCAUCGGAGUCUCUGCUUUUACCACAGAACUGCCGAUAAAAAAAACCCCACGAUGACAUGAAAACUAGAAGUAGAAACUCUGGCAUAAAGAACGGAACAAACCUCUGACGAUUUGUGAGAAGGGAUACUUUUGAGUGAUUUUUAAAGUUCGCCUUUUUUUUCAAAACGUUACGAUGGGUUCUGAACACAGGAAGGACUUACGAUGGUGUGCUACGAGACCUAUGUGUCGUCUGGUGACGCACAUCGCUUUCUUCAUUGGAUUUCUCUGUGCCGGAGGGGCCAUCUUUAUGGUUCUGGAGAGUCCCGAAGAGGCAGAGAUGGCCGCAAAGCUACGGAAUACACGCAACACUUUCCUGGCAGUACACGAGUGCCUCACGGAUGAUGAGCUGGAGACUUUCAUCACAGAAGUGGUGCAGGCUGCAAACAGAGGCGUCUCCGCGGUGAAAAAUGCAACACAGUCAGAGCCCAACUGGAGCUUUGGUCAAGCUUUUUUCUUUGCCAGUACUGUUGUUACAACCAUAGGUUACGGCCGCGUGACGCCUCUGAGUGACGCUGGCAAGGCGUUCUGCAUCCUGUUCGCGGUGGUGGGUAUCCCUCUCACCCUGGUGCUGUUCACGGCAUGUGUGGAACGACUCAUGAUCCCAACCCGCCAGCUUUUGUACUGGCUCUACGGGAAGCUGGGACAUUUGUAUAAGGGGACUCGUCCGACCAGCCCCACAGAGCGCUGUAUAAAGUGGCUACGACAUUCUACCUCCUGAUAGGUAUCACCAUGCUGCUGCUGCUGAUCACCGUCUUCUACGACAUCCCAGAGCUCAACCUGGGCUAUCACUUCUACCUAAAGAGUGACGAACUCGAAGGAAAGCAAGAAGCGGACGAGGAAACAAGGCUGAAACCAGCUGAGACCGGUAACUCCAGCAAGUACACGAAACAGGUCGAUGACGUGCAAAGCGUGCGGUCCGGGCAAUACCAGAGCUACCAACAAGACGUCAACUCGCCGGUCACGGAGGAGGAACCAUGAUCACGUGGUUCUUAGACACCCAAUCAAAUCAAGAGAUUCAGGGUACAACAAUUUCCUUCGUCGUGGAGAGGAGAGACAGAAGUGGCAUUCUACACGCUACUAAGCUACACAUACAGAAAACGGAAGAAGAUCUUAAUGUGAUACUACGCAUGCGUCGGUUCAGUUUCAUGUAUACAAUUAGGAAAAGCAAAGAACAGAUUAUCUGAUGGUGUAAAGAUCUUUGCCGUCAUUCUGGAAAUCCACUAAAUAUAAACAGCUUCUAGUAAUGUUUUGAGCGAUCUAAAAUGCUGCACCCCUCCACACUCUAUGAAUCUUUUACUCAUGGAGCCGUAAUACUUUUGAUACUUUCUGAGUAAUAUAUUUUCGGCUUCUGUCCAUUUUUCUAUUUCUGUGGUUUCAUAUUUAGGAGUUCAUUUUUAUAAUAGUAUAAUCUCCAUGCAUUCAUUGUUUUAGUUAUUUGUUUACAGAGUAAGUAGACCAGGAUGCUGUUAACAAAUAGCCUAAGAGUAUUAUUAUUCUUAAGAUUAUUUUAAAAGAAAAAAAAACCCGAACGAGCAAACAAUCUAGCUAGUGUCUCGUGUACAAAGAGGACGGGGAGACUUAAGGCUAAUUGACCGAGGGCACAGGAUCCACCAAUGUUCUUGCACUCACCAUGGUAACCCGUAUAAUUUAAUUUGCUGGCCAUCGUUGAGGUAAGUGGCAGAAUGCAUGCACCAUCAUCACAGGAUAAUGAUUAUUAUUUCUGGGAGUAGCCCAACACCUAAACUCGUACUCUCUGUAUAGUGUGGCGAACCAGUUAGCACUACUUAACCAACCAAGAGGAAAUAAUUAUUUUGUAGGCCUGCAGAUAAGGAGAGUGGCAAGUGUAUGUAAGAAAAUAAACGAAGUUCUUAGAAACUGAACAGAAUGACUUAUUUUAGUUGAUUAUAUUGUAUUAGUUUUUUAUGUAUAUUUGUAAAAUACUGAUAUUUUGUAUUCCGUCAGUGAAAUGGGGUCAGGGAAGAGAAAGAUAAUGUGUGGAUUGUGUCAGGUCUAUGAAAAUAAUCUCAUUUUGUUUAUGUGCG